UUUGCAGAUUGCGAUACGUUUCCUCCGAAUCCACACAGCGGAUGAGGUAUUCACAACCACUCCACCCUACCAACAGGCUUUUCUCGCCGACCGAUCGGAGCUAUUCUUCUAGCUCCUCCGAUCUCAUUCGCGCCACUCUCUUCCCCGGCGACGGUAUUGGUCCCGAAAUCGCAACCUCUGUCAAACAGAUAUUCAAUGUUGCAGAAGUCCCAAUUGAUUGGGAAGAACAUUAUGUAGGGACAGAAGUAGAUCCCAGAACCCAAAGCUUUGUCACAUGGGAAAGUCUAGAAUCUGUAAGAAGAAACAAGGUUGAAUUAAAAGGUCCCAUGGCUACACCAAUUGGAAAAGAAGGAGAAUACAGUGGUCUUGAACAUCAAGUUGUCAAGGGAGUUGUUGAAAGUCUUAAAAUCAUAACACGUCAUGCAAGUUUGAGAGUGGCUGAAUAUGCUUUUCAUAUGCUAAAGCUCAUGAGAAAGGAGGUUCACCGAUGGGAGUGCCAGAAGAACCAAAGCAUCAAAUCUGAAGCAUAUGGAAAAUGCAUCAAAUCUAAAGCAUAUGGUGAUGCAGUGAGGUUCUACACUGGAGCCAUGCCAAUAUUUAAGGCAUAUAGGGACUCCUCAUUGCAGGAUUGUAAGAAAGCAUCUGAAGAAGUAAUUCCAGUUAUCAUUAACAAGCUUCAGGAUUGGCUAAGCAGGGCAACAAAUUGGGCUAAGUUCAGCGCGACAGCUGGACUAGGUGUUAUCCAUGGAGGCCAUUUACAGCAAGGAAGACCACUAAUGGCACCUUACCUUCCACAAAGUGGGGCGGGUGGUGGUGGCGGAGGUGGUAGUCCCUAUUCAGAAGGGGCUGCACUUUAUGCUCUUGGCGUGGGGGAAGAAGGACAAGGAGAAUCUUAUUUUGAUGGAAAGAUAUCAUUUUUUUGCUUCAAGUUUUAUGCCGUGCUAUUGAUUGAAAAGAAGGAUGAAGAAGGUCAAUCUCAUGUUCUUUCAGCAGCUUUAGAGAUUGCAGAAGGGGAGACUUCAGAAGUUGAUGCGAAAUAUCGAGCAUUAGUGGCUAUUGGAUCACUGCCAUCUUCUGCUGGUAGGCGACUUGUAAUUUCAAGUGAUGGAGUCUGGGAUGCUCUUUCCGGUGGACAGCAGCCCAGUACAGUACACCAGGUCAUGACAAACUAA